UCAACUUGUACACGCGCUCGCGUCACUGACACGGUCAGCUGAUAUUACACACUGACCAUUAUACCACGUGGACGGAUAGACAAAGUGCCAAAGUGUCCGAGGGAUAAAUACUGGGAUGUGAGGUACAGCGACAGAACGAUGAUUUCAUCAACACAACUCAUAUAUAUUAAACAGUGAUAACAACAUGCAGCCUGUCAAUAUGAGAGGAUCACCGCCAGAUGUCAUCCCAACCAGACUUCCGUAUCCGCACCAACAACUACUUACUUUCGCCGGAAAUGACAUCAGAAGUUAUAUAAACAACACAGAUCGUCGCGAGGACAGCUCUAUUGUUUUGGCGGGAACGUCCCACAGCUACACUAAUCAAGGAAAUCACACACCGGUAUCGACAAUCAGAGAGGAGGAUUACUCACCCCCGACUCCACCACGAACGCCCAACCAUUCAUCGUCAGCUAUAUACCAACAGCUCCAACGCCCUCUACCGAACGCCCUUGAGGAUACCCCUAUGCGGUUUUCUCCGUUGACAGUUAAGACUGACUUGCAGGCACCUGAUGGUCAGCCUGCGACCCCAACAACGUCCUGUGUGCACUCUGACCCCUGUUCUCUGACGUCGCCGCGACACACCAAGUUCCAUGACGACAUGAACAGCUUACUGCAAACUAAGCACGCCAUGGAGCGGUUCUUGUACGAGACAAUGGAGCGCCACAGAAUCCUUAACUCGGUAUCCACGGGCUACGGUGACGCUAGCCUGAAACCUUUUCCACUGAAAGAUCCUCCCAAACCAAAGUCUAAAUUCAAGCGUCAAAUCUCUACAGAGUCUAACGACCCUAGCGACAUCAAGGUUGGGAUGAAGAGUCCAAUAAAACGGCUCCAGGCGUCAGCUUACGACGAGCCCGACUACACGGGUAUGACUGGCAUUCAGUCCAGGAACAAGCCCAACGCAUCCUCUCAAGGAGGCCAGACGGCCGAAACCAGUGAUCGUAGGAAGGAGGAGUCGGCUAACCAGCAUCCAUACGCAAUGAAUGUCAAAUGGAUAUACAGCGAGACAGACCCGUCGCCUAAAAAAGAAGAAGAUUUCACCGAGAUAUCGGUGGCUGAUGAAAUCUCUAAAUGUGACGGGGAAGGUGUCGAGCGUCCAGAUCAAAGUAUUGGUCAGAGUAGCCAUGACACUGUACGUCAGACUAUUAUAGGAGAUACUGUAGGUCGCGUCCCGACCACAGCUUGUCUCCGCAGAGCAGACGACAGUGGAUUUACUCGUAACAAUGAAGUGGAUAAGGUUAGCAAUGACUAUACCAAGUAUCGGGCGGAGGGCGGUACGGUUAGAACAUCGAAAGAGUUAAGUAAUGAACAGGAACGCCUCAGCAUUUCAGCAAGUCCAAGGAAGUCGUCCGAGGUGAGCACGAGUCGAGUCUAUGAUCCAAGUAUGAGUAUAAGAAGUAAUGACAUUAAUGGCGGAUACUCGUCGGACAUGAACUCGUCCGAUACAGUAAGACUUGUAGACUACAGCAAACAGAAGCUCGGUGAAGAUCUACACAUGAUGAUGUCGAGUCUACGGAACCGUGACGGACGCACGACUGGUACGGCCACAACGGAGAUGUCGCACGUGACACCGAAGGGAUUCGUCUUCCCACCGGAAGCUAAUAUCAAAGACCCCAUACCAAUGAGUCCGAGAGUAGUAUGUACUUCAACUCGCCCACCAUUCUCCGCGGCCAGCGAUUCUUCUUCCCGCACUGUCUCUACACAAAGAAACGUCUCCAUGACGUCACAACGACCUCCAUCUAUGACAUCAUCACGUGCGUCAUUGAGCAGGCAGAUAAUGCCGUCGCCCACAUCAAAAGAACAGCCAAUGUUUGCUAGGGAUAUGUCUAAUUACCAAAGAGAGAUUACAAGCAGCCAGCGACGUCGCUUCUUCCACAGUAUGAGCGACACUGAUCAUUCUCCAUCCAAACAAGAGAUAGAGCAGCUUAAGUCCCUCAAUAGAACAAUCUCAGAUCCGUCUUGUUUCUCGCCUUCCAAAAAGAACAUGUUAACGGAGGAUAUUAUCCGUAUGGAACCCAAGUAUCUGAUUUCAGGAAAUCAGUAUGACGAUGAUGACAUGUCCCGCCCCUUCAGUGACGAAGACAGACAGUAUCCUUCGCCCCAGUUACACCCUGGUGACAGAGUACCGGGUACAUCCGGGUACCACGGUUCAGAAUCAGCGAGCAAGUACCAUCCUAGCGAUCGAGUACCCGGGGGAUCUGUGUACCACGGAACGGAUUCUGCAAGACGACAGCUGUUCUCGGAGGCCAGCGCUAAUCCACCUCAAUACAAACACCGAGUCACGAGAGAGUCAACUAGAGACAGAAUACCAGACGACAUAGCUGCCUACCUCAUUAAGACUAACUUCUGUACGCCCGAGGCCAUUCUUAGUUUCAAUGAAAAGGAGAAUCCAUGUCCGCAAGAGGCCCAAGACUACAGACGUACAAGGGAUUGGAUGAUGGCCAGACACGUGGCCGGAAGUUAUCGACCCCAGGAGGAGUAUAAUAUCCGGCCUGUGGAGGAAUAUGUCUCAAGACUACAGGUACCUCCGCAGCAAGUGGCCUAUCAGGCUCCUUCACCGCCACAACGGAAGCGCAAUCGAGGUGAGGUGGAUAUUCGUAUGGUGUGCGAAGACUUCCGACUAUCCGACCAAACCAAACAGUUUCAGGACAACUUCCGGUUUGCUGACGAGGCUUCCCAGAACUGUAAGUGUGCUAACGUUGAGAAAGAGAUUCUUGAAAUGGCUCACGACGCGUUCCGGAAAAUUCGCCGGAAAGAUGAUUCCAGUGAAGCGUUUGAGCAGUUUGGCAAGGAAGUCCAGGAAACUCGAGCUCGGAUAAGUCAGGCAUUUGACAUACUGAACGGUGUUAAAGCGAUAUGCAAACAUGAACGAACCAUUGUGGACAUGUUCAGUGGGAGUGUGAUAUUUAGGGUACGGUGCCCCACUGUAUUGGCACUUGACGACCUCUGGAACUCUUAUCAGUCUGGCGAAUUAACCUCAACUAUAAACAGACAUUUUAUAUCGGAUGGCCUCAGGGCGAAGUAUUCGGACAUGGAUAUAGGUCUGGUGGUGACCAUUACUGAGGAGCAGUAUCGGCGAGCUAGGAGAGAGUUAGAUACCAUACUGUCGCCUGGAAGAUUAGACAGUUCCCUAUCAAAGAGUGACACCGAAAUAGCAAGUAUCACAGGAGAUUCUGUCAAGGAGAACGUUGGCUGUGCUAAGGUACUGUCGUCUGCCUCCCGUCUCGGCAUUAUCCACAGUCGCUGUCAGUCUGCCCCAGUUACACAUUCACCAUCGCCAGCAUCUAGUCCUUCAUGGCUUCCCAAGUCCCCCAUGUCACCGCUAGGGGGCGACCGGAAGUUUACAUUUCCCGGCGAACCUUCAUCGCGACGUAUAUUUCAAGAACGAAACAAGGGAUCCUGUUCCCCGACCAUGAAGAAGUUAUUUGAUUUCGAAUUGAGUCUCUCCCCAAAGACUUCUCCAAAAAGGAAGACAUUCGCGGAAGGAUUUCCUCGAGAAAACGUCCACCCAGAAGUACAUUCACCAAAGCGGAAAAAUAAUGGAACAAGUUUCCCUUUCAAGGACAAGAGUAACGAUGUAGAAACGUGACAUUUGUAGUGCCCGGAUGUCAAGUCAUAUGUGCGUGUACUGUUUGAAAUAUAUGAUGAAAUAUAUCGGGGUUGGUAAUUUCUGAACUCUGUGUGUCAAUCAGGGUAUUAUUAGUUGUAGCAAUCUGAUCCGUUGUUUUCUACUGGCUAUUUUCGGGCUGAUUCUUGCACUUCAGUCAUAUUUGACAUAUCGGACUUUUUGGGUUGUUUUUUUUUAUAUUAUUUUUGUUGGCAGCAACAUACAUGUGCAUUCCUUGGCUAAUUGACAACGCUCAGAUACGUGUGAACAAUAAUUUGUUUUUUUACCGAGAAUGGCGUCAUACAGUGUAUAUUUUCUACUUCAAAUGUGUAGCUGGAGUGAUUGUGUUUAGUUUUUACCUGAGAUUCGGGUACAGGAACACAAUGUUACCUGUAUAUUAUCUUAAUUUUAACAUAACUUUGAAACAGAUGUGUUUGGGUUGAAAUGUCUAUGACAUUUAAGCUACAUGUGUUUUGGGUGAAAUGAUUAUGACGUCACGAUGCUCCAAUCAUGUAUAAAACUUAUUAUUUUGAAAAGUAAGUCUAAAAUAUCCUUCUACCUGCUCUUAAUCUUAAGAAAACUUUCCUGGAGGAUUUUGGAGUUUAAAAUUCAAUUUAGAGUUUUUACGUUCAUUAUAUACACAUGAUUAUUUGAGGUCAAUACAUCACUAAACUAGUUUUUCAUAUUUCAUUUUUUCAAUUUUAGAAAGUCAUCUGCUCGCUCAUCCUCUAUCGUAAUUGAUUAAGGGACGUGCCACUUACAUAUUGCUUUUGAAUACGGGGCCUACAUUAUUAAGAAACGUUUUUAAACUCUUGGAAACUAAACUAUUAACUGCAAUCGGUCUUUCAUUCAUUCUCGGCCGAUGUACUUUCAAGUAUGAUAUACUACAAAGAUUUUUUUUUCGGCUGGGGUAUAAUCAAUCAUAAAGCUCUUGAUUUUAUCGGGACCAAAUCAUGUUUUAUUUACCUUUUUAAGAUAUGAAAAUGAUUGAGCAAUCAGUAAUAUAUUUCUAUAUAAGAAGAAAAUACAGGUUUUGGAAAGUUAGCGUUAUGCAAUGUAGAGAAACAGCAGAUACACUUAUCACUGUCAGUGUAAAACCUAACCAGUGUAAAUUAACGUUGAAAUUUACUUUAAACAGUAUUUUAUUUAAUUCAUAGACUUGCAUCCAAAAAUACAAAAUAUCAGUUCAUGAUUCGCAAAAGGAUCUGGAAACAAGCUUAAAGCUUAAACCAGUGUAAUUUAACGUUGAAGUUUAGGGUUUGAUGUUAGUAACAAUAUUGUAAUAACUUCUUCAUAAGACUAAAUUAAUACAUUUAAAAUGUUCAAAUAAAAAUGUAAGUUACUUCAAUACUAGAUUUUAGAUUGGCCGAGAGGCAUUUACAGGAAGUUAUCAAACGGUCAUUAUCAUUGUGAAGAACGAAGUGUGUAAUAUAUUUAGUAUUAAUGCGACAUUUAUGAAAUAUCGUUAUAAAACACAGAGCAAGUUGUAUAUAUAAUUUAUUGAUAAUUUAAACCGAACGCAACCAACCUGCUACUUUUCAAUGAUUGUGUGGGGUUGUACACUGUACAUGCUAAAUAAGCACACACAUCCAAGAGAAGGUUCUAUAGACGGAAAAUUUGUUUUUAACACAUUACACUUUGCCGUCAAAGAUGUCUUACUCGAAAUUGUUUGUUUAGAGCUGAUCAUUAAUUCAAACUUAAGAUGAAAGCGUCCUUGUUUAAAUUACAAUUAUUGUAAGAUGAGAGAUAAGUAUGUUUUGUAAACCUGUAAUGACAUUUAAUGACAAUUUAAUGUUAAUUCUGACGACAAUUAUAAUCGGGAAACGUUCUCAAACGUCAGAUAUUGGCUAUAACUAUAAAAUGUUGUUAUUGAAGAUUGACACCAAAUAUCGUACUUUUUAUGAUAGAACAAAUUUGAGCAGUGGAAACCGUUUAACAAUACCCCAGUUCUGUAUGUACAGCUAAGCACCAACCCUUUAUAUAUGUACCCUGUCUUCGUUGGGUGAAUAUAUUAUUCCUAAUGCUGUUUUAGUAUACAAAUCACCCCACAAAACUAUUAUUAUGUUCUAAGACUAUCCAUUAUAUAUUAUGUUAUGAUUGACAGACAUUAUUCCGUGGUGUCGCCCACAGCCUCCAGAGAUAGCCGUCCUCGUCCCGUGUCCUGUAGCAUCAUCCGGGUCCUUUUCACGGGGCGCCCUUAGCUCUCGCCGUCCAACACACUAUCCGUCUUACUAAGGUAGUAAAUAACAAUAAUUUCUUACUUAUGUAGUAAAUAACAAUAAUGUCUUACUUAUGUAGUAAAUAACAAUAAUGUCUUACUUAGUUAUCAAAUAAACAAAAUGUCCUUGUUAUUAAAUAAACAUAAUGUCUUACUUAGUAAAUAAACAAAAUCUCCUUGUUGUUAAAUAAACAUAAUGUAUUUGUUAAUAAAUGAAAAUAUUUUCUUACUUAGUAAAUAUAAAUAAUGUCUUUGUUAUUAAAUAAACAAAUGUGAUUCGAGAGAUAUCUCAAGUACAAUACGUCCAUUAGAUUUAGUAAGAUUUAAAGCCGUGACUGAAUGACUAGUAUUUUGUACACAGUAACUACCAAUAUCGUAUUGUUAUACAAAUGAUUUCAAGCUAGAGUUAGCACCCCCAGAAUGUAUUAUAGACCGACACAGUGUGUAACUCUUAGACCCCAAAUCCAGGAGAUAGUACGUCCCCGUCCUAUUAAAGUGGACGAUUUCACCUAUUAUAAUGUCAAUGUAGAGUUUGUGUAGCAAUUAGUAGCACGUAAUGUUCAUCUCGACAAAUGAUUGGCAUCUAUCGCAGAUCUACAGUAACUAUGGCAACGGCGCGUGACGUAUCAUGUCACUGGAAGUCAUAGAUCUUAAGCAAUAAGUUACCAUUGUUUGAUGUAUUUUCAUUGUUUUCUAUCUUUUAUUUUUUAUUUAUUUUAUUAUUUUAUUUAUGUACCUACCCGACUUGUCUCAAUUUUACUGUAGAGCCAGUAGCCAUUUUCUCUGACGUCAUAUUUGAUAACUUCACCCAUACGAAUAUUUCCCUGGCAUCAUCAGACAUUUUAAACUUUCUCUGGGUGAUUGAUUCGAAAAGUAAUCAGUUAAUGAAAAUUAUUUUUCUUAUUAAGACCUAAAGAAUAAACUUACUCAUCUCCAUUUAUUUUACACUUGCCAAGAGACCACCUACAGUGUUCAAAAUAUCAUUAAUACGAGUACGUUUAUUUU